GCCGUGGAUUCACUUCCCAGGUCAGGGGAUCCCGGGGGCGACCGGGGAGACACGCGUGGGACCCCCGGGAAGCGGCGGGAAAUCCCUUUUUUAGGGAGAAAUCCUAAAACCCAAACCCCGGAGGGAAGCGGGGUGACGGCUUUUGGGGUCGUCCCCGUUGGGGUCGUCCCCGUUGGGGUUGUCCCCAUGGAGCCAAUGACCACGGAGGAUGCUGCUGCGCCUCUCGUCCCCGUCCCGACAGCCUGCGGUGGGGACACCGUGGUCCCGCCGGAGGGCUGCUGGGGACGGUCUCUCUCCCCAACAGAUUUGGGGUCAAUCAAGGAGGAGGAGAAAUGGCAGCAGGAUGCCUCUGAGGAAGUGGACGCACCCGUGGAACCCCCAACCUCCAGCUCGCAGCAGUCCCCAAGGACCCAUCCUGGGGGUUCCCCACUCCCAGGGGACAACGGGAGCGAAGAGGCACCCAACACCUGCCGGGAAUGCGGGAAGAGCUUCCGUUGCCGCUCGGCGUUGGUGAACCACCAUCGGAUACACACGGACGAACGACCCUUCGGCUGCCAGGAUUGCGGGCGCCGCUUCAACCGCCGUUCCAACCUGACCACCCACCGGCGCAUCCACACCGGCGACAUGCCCUACAAGUGUCCCGACUGCGGGAGGUGCUACCGCGUCAGCUCCACGCUCCUCCGGCAUCGGAAGACGCACACGGAUGAACGGCCUUACCGGUGCGAGGAAUGCGGGAAGAGCUUCAGGCACAGAUCGACGUUGACCAUCCAUCACCGCGUGCACUCCGGGGAGAGGCCCUACAAGUGCCCCGAGUGCCACAAGAGCUUCAAGAACAGCUCGGAGCUGGUGCGACACGGGCGGAUCCACACCAGCGAGCGGCCCUACGAUUGCUCCCAGUGCGGGCGGCGGUUCGGCGACAGCUCCCAGCUCGUCCGGCACUGGCGGACCCACACCGGCGAGCGGCCCUACAGUUGCUCCCAGUGCGGGCGGCGGUUCGGCGACAGCUCCCAGCUGGCGCGGCAUCAGCAGACGCACGCCGUCAAGCACAAGCAUCCCGACCCAACCUGCGGGAAGAGCUUUUCCAACCACCCCAGGCUCGCCAAACAUCCAUGGGUUCACGCCGGGGAGAAAGAUUUUAGCUGCCCCGACUGCGGCCGAGGCUUCAACCGUCGCUCCAACCUCCUGGUUCACCAGCGGUCCCACCUGGAGCGGAAACCCUAUAUUUGCCUGGAUUGCCCCAAAAGCUUCACCAGCAGCACCCAACUCAUCCAGCAUCGGCAGAUCCACAGCGAGGAGAAGCCUUAGGGUUGCGCCAAGAGCUUUUGGCGCAGCUCCGGUCUCGUUUCGCAUCGCAAGGGGCGCCGGCCAAAGAUGGGGACCGCCCCACUGAGGGACCGUCCCCAUCCUGGUCGCAUCUCAGACCUGCCUACUCACCACAGUGGUCCCUGGUGGUAGCGCCGAGGGGUAACCAAUCCACCCACCCUCACCCCACCAGCUAUUAUUUUUCUUUCCAUUUAUGUUUUUAUAUAUCAAAGGAUUUUUUUUUGGGGGGGGGGAGGGGUGUUUUUAAAAAAAAACCACACACACACA